CUUCUGGCAUCUCCCACCCGCUCCUCCACCACCGCACUGCCGCCGCCAUGCCGACUGUCAGCGUCGACAAGGAGCGCUUCUACGCCUCGCUCGGGCGCCAGUACACGCGCGACGAGUUCGACGAGCUGUGCUUCCAGUUCGGCAUCGAGCUCGACGACGAUACUACAGAGGCCGUCAAGGGCACGGCCGAGCGCCCCACGCUCAAGAUUGACAUUCCCGCCAACCGCUACGACCUGCUCUGCCACGAGGGCAUCUCGCGCGCCCUGCGUGUCUUCCUGGGGCAGAUUCCGCAGCCGCAACUGCGCCUCGUGCAGCCCGCCGACGGCAAGCUCAUCGAGUGCAACGUGCGCGAGAGCGUUGCCGAUGUGCGGCCGUUUGUCUCGUGCGCCGUGCUGCGCAACAUCAAAUUCACGCCCGAGUCGUACGCGUCCUUCAUCGACCUGCAGGACAAGCUGCACCAGAAUCUCGGGCGGCGCCGCACGCUGCUCUCCAUGGGCACGCACGACCUCGACACGAUCGCUGGGCCCUUCACAUACGAGGCACUGCCGCCGCCAGAGAUUGUGUUCGCGCCCUUGAACCGGCCCGGCGAGGUCAUGGACGGCAACAAGCUCAUGACGGUGCUGGAGGGCGACCGCAACCUCAAGGCCUACCUGCCCAUCAUCCGCGACAAGCCGCUCUACCCGGUCAUCCUCGACGCGCAGCGCACCGUCUGCUCGCUGCCGCCCAUCAUCAACUCGGAGCACUCGAAGAUCACGCUCAACACGACCAACGUGUUCAUCGACAUGACGGCCACUGAUCGCACGAAGAUGGCGUACGCCCUCGUCAUUCUCGUGGCCAUGUUCGCUGAGCACUGCGCCGAGCCCUUCACCAUCGAGCCUGUCAAGGUCGUGCUUCCCGACGGCAGCUCACAUCUCACGCCCGACCUCUCGCCGCGGCGCACGACGGCGCGCAUCUCCUACAUCAACUCGUGCACCGGCCUGGGCCUCGACGGGCCAGCCAUGGCGAAGCUGCUGGAGCGCAUGGGCCACGGCGCCUCGGUGUCGAGCGAGAACGCCGACGAGCUGGUCGUCGAUGUGCCGGCGACACGGCCAGACGUGAUGCACGAGUGCGACCUGAUGGAGGAUGUGGCAGUGGCCUACGGCUUCGACAACCUGCCGCGCCGCUUUCCCAGCACCAACACGGUGGCGCAGCCGCUGCCCAUUAACAAGCUCGGCGAUCUUGUGCGCCGGGAAUGUGCCUACUCGGGCUGGACGGAGGUGCUGCCGCUGAUUCUGUGCUCGCACGAUGAGAACUUCGCAUCACUGCGGCGCAAGGACGACGGCACGACUGCCAUUGUGCUUGAGAACCCCAAGACGGCAGAGUACCAGGUGGUGCGCACGUCCUUGCUGCCCGGCCUGCUCAAGACGAUCCGCGAGAACCGCUCGCACUCGCUGCCGCUGCGGACAUUCGAGGUGUCGGACGUGGCGUUCAAGGACGAGAACGAGCCGGAGCGCUGUGCCUCCAACGAGCGCCGUGUCGCAGCCGUGUACUGCGACAAGAGCGCCAGCUUCGAGGUGGUGCACGGCCUGCUGGACAAGCUGAUGCGCGCCCUCGACGUGCCGCGCCUCGCGAUGGGCGAUGCGGGCAAGCAGAAGGGCUACUGGAUCGAGGAGGCAGAGAACCCCACGUUCUUCCCCGGCCGCGCCGCCAAGAUCUUCUUCCGGCCAGGGCCUGGCGCCUCUGCCGCCGCGAGCAGCUCUGCCGCCAAGGCCGUCGAGCUGCCGUCCGAGCUGCCGCCGGCGUCCGAGUCUGCCUCGGUGCCGCUGCCACAACAAGCGUCUGGCGCCGCCGCCGAGGCGUCAAAAGCAAAGAGCAGCGACAGCGACAAGGGCCCGUUGGCCUCCGUCGCCGACACGCUCGGCCGUGCACUCGCCGACGUCACUUCGGCCGCGUCAGAGGCCUCGUCGGGCCUCAAGCGCCGCCUGCACUCCGCGUCGCACCCGAGCGGCGCCGUCGAGAUCGGCACGCUCGGCGUCGUGCACCCCGAGGUGCUCAAGGCGUUCGAGAUCGACUACCCGUGCAGCGCCAUGGAGUUCGACCUCGAGCCCUUCCUGUAGCAUCGGCGCGCGCUAAUAGAGAGCAUUAGCUAGA